AUGAAGGUGGCUGUGUUGGACCUGGGGUCUCUCUUUGCCAAGAUCUUCAAGACCUCGGGGUCCUCUGCGGUCCCCAGCCACCCUGGAGGCUCAACGGCCACAGGAUCAGUGGUCUCCGGAGCCAGCACGUCGCUUAGCGAGGCAGCGACCCUAACUCUGCUCCCAUCCCUGCCUCCAGACACUACAGCCUCACGGGAGCCCUCCACCCCUCUGCAUCAUGCCUCGCACCCCAGGAGCUCCGCAGCCACCCACAGGGUGGAAGCCGCAGGGUGCCCUGGGUCUCUGCCCAGCAGCCCAGGAGCAUCCAGAGUGCCGCCCCUAGUCCCCUGCAGCAGCUCGGGCUCCGUGGCAUCAGUGGCUUUGCCCGGCCCAGGCACUGUCUGGGCGACCCUGCCCUCUGUCACUGUCCCCGCUGGCAACUACAGCAGUGCAGCCUCCAGUCCAAGGAACACUCGUCAGCCAACGGGUCCCGGAGAGCGAGAGUCCAGCACGUGGAUGGCCCCAGGGCCUGUCCCCAAAACUCUGUUCUUCACCCUGCCCGACAUCGGGGAGGAGUGGGUCUCUGACAGCGACUCCCAGGACGACCCAGAAGGAAGAGGGCUUUCGGAAGGACUCAGGAGGCACAGCUCUGUAAAGAGCAAAGAUCCUCUACCUACAAAUUUUACACGAAACGUGCAGAAAGCCAUUGACAAAUAUGCCAGUGAGUCCCCCUCAUCCUUUUCAUCCAGUGGGAGCCGCACGCCCACGGAGGCCCACAACUCAUGGCCUGGCUCUUCCACUCAGAGUUCCACCACCGAACUGUCGGCAGAGAGGAGCUCAGUUUCUUCUUGGAGAGACGAUGAAUUUGACAAAGUCAAUGCUCAGAAAGUCCAGCAGCUGUUUUGGGAGGUUGAGGAAAUGCUAUUCGAAGGGAAAGUGAGUCCCCAGACUCAGAAUCUCCUGGCCGAAUGCAGUGAGUGGGCAAGAAGAUCCCUCCAUCUCAGGCUGUUAGGGAGGCAGCUCAUUCCGCCAAGUGAUGAAGGUUUCCGCCAUUUCCAGGGGACGCUGCCUACUUCUGCUACCCACCAACCCUUGCCUCCCGUUCCUGACCACAUCAGCAGCAUCAGAGAGUUGUGUAUCUCUGGCUCUCAGAUAGUCCCUGAGGCACUCUCAGCCUCUGCCCUGACAGACCCUGAUGAUGGCACGGAGUUGAACGACCCCACAUCAUGCUCAUCCCUGAAAGAAGAGGUGUACCACAUGGAUGGAAACAUUGAAGAAUAUUUUGCUUUUGACGGAAAACAGGAUGGAGAUGAGCAUCUGGAACAAAACUCAACACUCCGCAGCAGGAAGUGGCAUCGACAUGGGCUUCCUCCCAUUUCCCCUCAUGACUGUAUCAGAGAUGCUGUGGCAGCAGAAGUAUUUGAUCAUGUUUGGACCAAUGUGAUAGAACUAUUGAAAGAUCUCAUUAGAAAAACCUGGGAAUCUGCACUCACAGAUGAAAAAAAACAUAAAGAAAAUUUGAAAGUGGCUGAAAAUAAGUCUCCACACGUGCUCGUGUCUCGUCUCUGCACUGAUGUUUCCAGUGUCCCCCCGUCCCGAAGCUCUGAAACUCUGCACACAUCCUUGAUGCCCCACUUUAAUCCACCCCAGUUUUCUCAGCUCCAUCGCUUUUCCAGCAACUUCUAUAGUGAUUUGAGUGGUGUAAUGAUGAUUCAAGCCAAGCCCCUGCAGCAGAGACCCACCUAUUUGGCAGAUAAGACACAGAACGAGCAAGACGACAGAGUGUCUGGGGCAGGGGUCGGUGCAUCUUCACGUCACCGACUGGGCCGCAUCCCAGACCCUCGGGGACCACUGACUUCUGCCAAGAAAACACCAGUGCAUAGGAGACUCCCUUCCAUUGCUUCAGACCCACAGAGACUGAAAACCCCCACCGUCUAUAGUGAUGAAAUCCUCAGGGGAACGAAACUGCAAACCGGCAUUGACCACCCGCCUUUCUCAGCAAUUCCAGCCUCCCGGAGCCGGCUACCCCCAAUAGGCGCUGAGGCUGGGGAGCAGAACACAGCAGCUUCCGGAUCCCGCCCUGUUUCUUACAGAGGAAGGCAUCCGCAAAACCGUGUGUUGAGUGCGAUGCCUGACAGUGUGGAACGGUCGCCUCUUCGAGAAAGAACCAUUGUCCUGGAGCAACUUUCAAGGCCCAGCACCACACACACCUUCCGGUCAGAUACACCAAGGAAGGGUUCCCUGACACCUAUGGAGUUUGUUGCUCACACUUGGACAGGUCAAAGUGUUUUGACAGGUUCACAGUAUCUACCUAAAUCUUACCAGAGAGCAGCUCUGACUUCGAGAAAGAGGUUCCAAGUGGCGUCGUGAUAUCACUGCUCUGAAAGUAUGGACUUGCUGGAACAUGUGAGGCCUUGGCCACACCAUUUGUCACUUGAAAAGCGUAGGAACAAGUAUUACCUGGUGUAUGUACUCACCUCUGUCUGACAACAGGAGACGGUGGGACACCCAAAAGAAACACAAGUGAGGAAGUAACUUAGUUUUGAACACUCGCUUUGUAAAGAAAACAAAGGUUGAACUCCCUAGCCCCUACAGGACGAAUGCCUGAAGCGCCUUGGGACCUAGUGCUUUGCUCAAAAGACUCUAGUGUAUCCUCAAAUUCCCUCUUUUCAUCACUUAUAUCUACAAUUAGUGUUCACACUCUGAUAAUGCGGGUGCAUUCCCUAAGAAUAUGCCAUUUUGUAACUCUAGACCAUCAUGUAUAUUUUGGUCUCAUUCUCUUAAUGAUUCCAUCAAGACUAAAUAGCAGUCAUAUUUGAGACAAUUUGUCCAUUUGAAAAAGAUUCUGGUUCUACUACUUGUUGCGCUGACUUUAAAAUAAUUACUGCAUAUGCAAUGUAUAAAGCGAUGGGUUUCAUAAUGAGAUUUCUCACACCUUUGUUACCACAUGAUUAGUCCUGAAUAGCUGAGAAAUGCCUUGCAAGCCAAUUGUGUUAAAACACAGCAGUAAACUAGUUUUCAUUGUCAAAUUUAGACAGUGCAUUUAAAAGUCUCCCACAUUUAAAGCUGAAUAUAAGCAUAAUCAAAAUCUUUUGCAUAUGGUUCCAACAUUAGCAUUUAAGUUGACGUGUUUGACGACUGGACAGCUGAGGAUUGUAGCACCAGCAUCCUUACGUCAUCCCAACCUAGUCUUUGCUCUGACUUCACUUCUUCAUUAGAGCCUCCCUGAGUCCUUGCUGAAAGUAGCAGUUCUCCCCAACCUCGGCCCUUUCUCCACUCUGUUUUCUUCAGAUCAUAUGU